UAAUAACACACGUGUGGAAGGUCAAGGUUACCCCUUGGACGGACCAAAUUUUGACUUCAGUAACCUUCAGCUGUUAAAUUCAAAACAGCAAAAUGUCAUCAAAAGAAACUAUUCCCACUGGAGUAAAGUUUUUAUUCGGAGGUGGAGGAGGGAUGGCAGCCACAUUAUUUGUACAACCAUUGGAUUUAGUGAAAAAUAGAAUGCAGUUAAGUGGUGAAAUGGGUAAAACUAAACAAUACAAAAACACUGGAGAUGCACUUGUAACUAUAUUGAGACAGGAGGGUGUGAGAGGAAUAUAUACAGGUCUUUCAGCAGGACUGUUAAGACAGGCAACAUACACAACAACACGACUGGGUGUCUACAUGAGUAUAUUUGAUUAUAUAUCAAAGUCAAGAGAGGGAAAGCCUCCAAAUGCAUUUCAGAAGCUGUUUAUGGGAUGUACUGCUGGUGGUAUUGGAGCCUUUGUAGGAACACCAGCAGAAGUUUGUCUCAUUAGGAUGACAGCUGAUGGGAGAUUACCUAUUGACCAAAGAAGAGGUUACACUGGAGUAUUUAAUGCCAUAUCUAGGAUUAUUUCAGAAGAGGGAAUUUUAACUAUGUGGAGGGGAUGGCAGCCGACUGUUGCUAGAGCUAUGGUAGUUAAUGCAGCACAGUUAGCUUCAUAUUCUCAAGCUAAAGAAGAACUAAAGAAGACAGGAUAUUUUGGGGAGGGUAUUUUCCUACAUUUUGUCUCCAGUAUGUUCAGUGGUUUAGUAACAACUAUUGCAUCAAUGCCAACAGAUAUUGCAAAGACAAGAGUACAGAACAUGAAGAUUAUUGAUGGAAAACCAGAGUACAAGAAUGCUUUGGAUGUGAUAUUCAAAACUGUGAGCAAGGAAGGAUUCUUCAGUCUAUGGAAAGGAUUUACACCUUAUUACUUCAGAUUAGGACCUCAUACAGUUCUUACAUUUAUAUUUAUAGAACAACUUAACAAAUAUUAUUACAAAUAUGUACUAGGUGUUGAAGGCCAUGGGGGUUUAUAAUAAAAUUUAAUUUAGGCUUUUUUGGUGUUUUAUAAAUUCUACUUUCAUUGAAAUGGAGGAUGGAUCAUUAUGUGGUGUAAAACUAGCUUUUAUAAAUAUUCAUAAAUGAAAUCUAACACACAUCAAUAGGAAUUUGUUGUUGUACAACAUAAACCAUAUAUUCAUCAACCAAUUGCAAGUGAACAAUUCUAUUAAGGAAUUUUAAAGGGCUGUUUGAAAAUGUGACAGCUGUGACUUGUGUUAAUCCAGGGUUAAAUCAUUUGAAUCGAGUAUUUUAACCUCUCACACUGCAUGGUUUAUCAUGUUUCUGGUGUAUAAACAAUAUGAAUCUCAAAUUAAUUUGUCAAAUGUUAUAUAUAAUUAAACAAUGCCAUUAUAUUUUAAGUUUAGCUAUCAUACUAUGUAUACAUUUUUUUUUACAUACUGUGGAUUCAUUUUUAUUCGUUGAAUAUCAAUUUUCGUGGAUUUCGUGGUAACCUGGGAACCACAAAUUCAAAUGUCCAAUGAUUUACAAGUUUUGUUCAGGAAUUUAUGCAGACUUUUGAAAAUCAUGAAAUUAAAUAUCCAGGAAAAAUGCAAGGUUUCCUCAAUCCACGAAAAUUGGAACCAACGAAAAUAAAUGAAUCCACAGUAUCCUGUUUUAAUUCAGAUAAAUGUAAGUUUUUACACUAUAAAUGUCAGUUGGUAUUAUGGACAAAAAUUGGAAAGGUUUUAUGAAAUCACCAUGUAUACACCUUGCUCUUUAGCAAUUCAUUAUUUCUAAUCUACCAUCUUGCCUGCAUCUUUUGUCCUCGUUCUAGUUCAGUGUUAAGCAAACCUUGUACAAUUUUCAAGGUCAAUUUCAUUUUAUGGAAACAGAAAUUAGAAUUUUAAUUGUCAACUUAUGCCAAACUUUCAUUUCAUUUGUCAACUUAUGCCAAAAUUGCAGGGUAUGUCUUAUAUUUAUUACCUUAUGGUAAGAAUUAAAUUAUUUAAAUGCCUGAAUAGGUGCAAGCCAGGGCCGACCAUGCAAGGGCUGUAUAGCGAGUCAAGGUAGUUAAAAACUUCCAUAGUUGGUUUAUCUGAUUAUAAACUCAGAGGGUUAAUAUGUUUGCCUAACAGGGGCAUUUAUAAUGAAAUAGAUAUUCAUAUGAACUUAUAUCCUAGUUGUCAGUUUAACAAAUAUAAUUUCUAUUUAAUCGCACUAAAAAUAUAUACAUUGUGUACAUUUAAUUGAUAUGUAACAAGAUUAUAAAGCAUAUACAUGUGAACCUUGAAAUGAGAUAUGUAUUUUAGUAGGAAUAAUAAUAUUUUGAAACUUUUUAUUAGGUAAAAGUUUUCAAGAUUUUUUCUACACCUACUUAAGAUAUUAAAUAAAAUAGCAUAAUUUGUAUUUAUUAAAAUUUAUAUGCAAUAUACACAUAUUGUAUGAACUACCAAAUUUUUCCAAUAUUACAGUUAUUAAUUGUGGUUUAACCAGAUUUUGUAGUACAUUGUACUUGUUAUUUUAUUAUUAUUUUUAUAGAUAUAUAUACAUUUCAUAUGAUUAAUUAUUCCUUAUUUGAUAAAACUUAGAAAGAAUAUAUAGCAUCAACCUGGUGUGUGUAGAAAAGUGUUUUAACAAUCAUUGUUUUUCUUAUAAAAGGAAGUCAAAAAUCAAUUGUAAAUAAUGUGUCCUCAUCCAGCAAAUGAAUUAUAUAUAAUUUAGAAUGGAAAGGGGGAAUGUGUCAAAGACACAACAAGUCACAAGAAAGAAUAAGUAAAGGCAGUUGUGAAGAAACUGCUAAUUAGUGGAAAAUUGGUACUAGUAUCAAUUUGAGAAAAAAAUUUACACCGAUUAAUUUGUCUACAUUCUUUAUAAAAAUUCUAUGUACAUAUGUUUUACUCAAUAUGGGGUUUUCCUAAAAUAGAAAAUACAAAAGAAUAAAAAAAGCUAAAAGGAACCAGUAUAACAUGAGCAAAAUAUGAUAAUUAUAGUGGAAGAAAUAAUGUGGUUGAAGCUAGACCUGUACAAACUCUGUUGCCUUCUAUAAUAGUGUGUCAUUUUUCUAUUCAAAAAAUUAUCCUGACCGUUAAAAAACGCAACAAGCCUCAAUGAGUUUAAAAAAAAAUUUAGUCAAUGAAUUUGUUUACAUUCAAAAUCUAGAAUAGAAACUAUUUAAAAAAGCUUCUUUUUUUUUUUAAUGAAAAACAGUUUUAUUUUUGAGAAAAUCCAUUUAUGUAAUUUUUUGUACUUGUAUAAUACUGACAUUGAACUUCAUUGUUUUGUCUAUUCAGUUGUUUUGUGUGUUGUAAUUUUUGUUUGUUAUUCAUAUUAUGUAUUUAUUUGGGUUAAUGAACAGAAUGCAAACAAAUUAUCUCCCUUAAUUCAUAUAAACUAGGAAAUUACACAUUAUUUGCAAACAUAUCAAAUUAUAUUAAGUUGUGACGGUGUCAUUUUGUCUCCUUUAACAUAAUAGGAAAAAAGUGUUUGUGACAGUGCUAAAGUAGAAACAUGAAAGAGUCCUUACAAAGAUAAAGGUAUGCUAAUUCUAUUUAGGUCAAACACAAUGUUAUGUUGAGUGUAGGAUUUAACACACCACUGACAUUUUCAAGUCAAAUAGGUUAUACCUUAUAGCAAGUAUAAUGCAAUAAGAUUUUUUAUUUACAUAUGCACAGAAUGCACUAAAUCACUCAUGCCUCUUAAUAACUGUAUAUAUUUGUAUUGUAAAUUCUAUAACAGUAUUGCUUUUGAAUUAUAUAUUGUUAAAUAGAUAAAAUUCUCCACACUUUUCUCUUUCCAAAGUUGAGAACUUUACUUAUUAAUAAAAUGAAAAAUGAAAGAUGAUUGGCCAAUUUCAACCAAAUAUUUUAAGUAUUACUUACGCCAAGAGGAAGGGAAAAAUUAAUAAAAAUAAUAUUAUUAGUUAUUUCUUUAUAGCUAUUAAAAAGAUUUAUAAUGUUUUAAAAAGAUGAACCAAAUUAAGGCAGCAGCAAUAGUGAUACCAACAUUAUCAAUAAAGACAUACAAAUUUCAUAAAUGGAAAAUUAAAUACCGUAGUAUGGAGAGAGUCCACUGUACCAAAAUACUAUAUAAUAAUUAUAAGAAGUAUUUUUGUAAUUUAAAUUUUGAAAUUUUUAAUAGUGUGUUAUAGAAAUAAGUGCAUUUUUACCAUUGUUAAGUAUGUUUAUUUUUGUCACCUUUAUCAUGUGCUUAAUUUGUUUGAACCUCAAACUAAUGUUACAUUAAAAUAAAACAGCAUAUUUGAUUA